CAUCUCACGCCGUUGACUUCUGCUACUAGUAUGUGGAUACUGAAGACGUCCAGGCGCAAGAGGGCCGCUUUGACCGCGGUGCAUCUGUUGCAUCUAAAGAAACUCGAGCAGGCGGCGGCGGCGGCGGAUCCACAAGCACAGCAGCUUCAGACGAUGGCCGGGAAGUGGGACGCGGAGAAGAUGCGACCGAUGGCGGAGAAGAUGCGGGAUCCACAAGCACAGCAGCUUGAGUUCAGGACGAGCACGUACGUAUCCAACAGUUGGAGAGGAGCGAUCUCAUCAACACCAGACUAACAAACUAUACGUAUGGUACAUGCAUCUUUUUGGGAGAUAUAAGCAUCACAUGAAGCUUUUGGGGUGGUUGUUAUAGAGUUCUUUGUAAAAAAAUGGAUGAUAAUUUUAGUACUCUCUCUGAUUAUAAAUGUAAGUCGUUUUAGUCUUUUUAAUUAUUCUCUAAAUAUAAGUUAUUUUUAAAUUUUUAUGUAUUUUUUUCUUUUUUGUUUCUUUCUUACUAUUAUUUAAUAAAUAUUAUCACUCUCACAAAUGAAUGAGUUAUCUUUUUCAAUACAAAAUAAAUAAGAGGUAAUAAGGUUAUUUGAUCUAUUUUCUUAAUCUUUAUGCAUAAGUCUAAAACGAUUUAUAUUUGUAAUUGGAUGGAGUAUUAGAUUAUGUAAUCGAUGAUUGUAUUUAACACUUGGCUAUGAAUUGAGAUGAUGCAAUAAUGAACAAUGGUCCUAUGUAUUAUAGGAUGUAAAAGGCUGAUUUUUUUUUAUUGUCUAAAAAAUCUUUUUGGAGACAAAUUACAUACAUGAUAGGUGUACAUGUUGCAAACUUGUGUCUACCAGUUAGUUUACCGUCUAUAUAUCAAUCAUCCCAAAGAGUAAAAGAGCUAGCUAGCUAUGAACAAGGACGCAUGCCGUUGCUGAUGUUGUUGCCGGACUGCUCCGAGUCGAAGCUAGCAGCCGCAUCUCCAGCAGGCUCACCUGCGGCUAUCUCCCUGCGCAGGUACAUGUCCCAGCAAAAGGAGGCGGCGCCACCCAGGACGGCGCAGCUAGCACGCAGUUGGGUUCGGGUCGAGGGCGAAGAGGACGCCCAGGCACACCGACCGAACCCAGGGUCAUCGCGAUGCUCCUAUUGGAUGACACGCGCUGCAAGGCCUCCUCCAUGGCCUCCGCCGCCGCGGCCGUCAUGGUUGCGACGGACAGCUGGUCAAGUUCCGACGUGCUGCAGCUAAUCUUCUACCGCCGCCGCCUCCAUCUGCCUUCCGAGUCCUCUUGAUACAGACCAAACGCGGGUGUACAGCUCGCGUUUGGUCACCGGCAGCUCGACGGCCACGCGAACCUCCGCUUCUGCGCGUGGCAGUGGCACCCGCCGAUGUCAGCGCAGGUGACGCUAUGCCUCUCGCCGUCCGCGGGCAUCGCACCGGCGAGCGACACCGACCUGUGCGUGCUCACCAGUGCGUACGUUUGCCGAUGGAGGGCUUGAGGAGCUUGCAGUCGACGGCGACGAGGAUGCAAUGUAGAUCUAAGUCCCUUUGGCCUUUGGGAAACAAAAUCGUACAACAGCCACUGACGCGCCCGCUUCACGCUUAGGCGCGCUUCCUGCCGCCGCCGCCGCGAGCCGGUGGGAGACCACCCAUGUCCCUCGCCAAGCGGUACGUGCUGUGUCUCUUCAUCUCGCUCAAGUAUGUGACGGCGAACGUGGUGGACCGGCAGAGCGGGCGCGUGGUGGCGACGGCGUCGUCCGUGGAGAAGCCCCUGCGGGACGGGCUGGAGUGCGGCCGCACCUGCAACGCCAAGGCGGCUGCGGCCGUCGGGGAGGUGCUCGCCAUGCGCCUCAAGGUUCUUGAACUUCAGCUCAUCCCUGACCUUCUCAAGGCCCCUGAUCUUCUCCUCAAUCAACUGUAAGCACUCAUGAUCUGAUUGAACUCCUGAUGGUACUAGAGCCCAGGACACCUCAUCUUGUAAUGGUGGAGCUGAAGGUGUAGUGUUCCCAGUUUUUGUACUGCUUCCUAGAACCAAUAGCAUUUUCUGCAAGCAAGUAGGUGUUAAAUUUCAGUUUAUGGAAAUCAUGGUGAAAGUAGGAUCUCUGUAACUCCCUGGAAUGUUAGAAUAUGGUUAACUGUUCAGAGUUGGUUUGGCUUUAUAAAGCUGGG